CCACUCCUGGGGCCGCGGGGCUCCGUCGCGCCCGUGCUCGGCCCUCAGAAUGGCCUCCACCCCGUCCACGCCGAGAGCAGCCCGCUGAAGCCCAGGGUGGUGACCGUGGUGAAGCCGGGCGGGCACCCGCUCCGGAAGGUCACCCUGCUCCUCAACAGACGGUCGGUGCAGAGCUUUGAGCAGCUCUUGGCGGACAUCUCCGAGGCCUUGGGCUUUCCCAGAUGGAAGAACGAUCGCGUGAGGAAGCUCUUUAACCUCAAGGGCAAGGAGAUCAGGAGCGUCUCCGAUUUCUUCAGGGAAGGGGAUGCUUUCAUAGCCAUGGGCAAAGAACCGUUAACCCUGAAGAACAUUCAGGUAGCCGUAGAAGAACUCUACCCCAGCAAAGCCCGGGCCCUCACCCUGACCCAGCACAGCCGGGCCCCUUCUCCGAGGCUGCGAAGCAGGCUCUAUAGCAGGGCUCUGAGAGGGGGUCACCACUGUGGGGAGAGCGACGCGGCCAAGGGCCGCGGGGAGGCUGGCGCGUCCAAGGCGGCCCCCGGGCAUCGGGGCCAGGCCCCCGCGGAGCCAGCGCCGGAGGACAGGGCCAGGCCCCAGAAGAAGUGGGUCGGGGGCAGGCGGGAGCCCGAGCCCGCCAGCAGGCCGCCCAGGGAAGCCGCUCUGGACAGACCUGCGAGCGGUGAGAAGCACCUGGGCGUGGAGAUCGAAAGGACCUCGGGUGAGAUCAUCCGGUGUGAGAAGUGCAGGCGAGAGAGGGAGCUCCAGCAGGGCCUGCAGAGGGAGAGGCUGACCCUGGGGACCAGCGAGCUGGACUUGGGCAAGAGCCACAGGUACGAGGCGGCGGCCGAGAAGCCGGUGAGGACCAGGAGCUGCCGGCGGUCGCCCGAGGCCCACCCUGCGGCCGGGGAGGAAGGGGGGAGGGCCGAGAGCCACAGGAGCAGCCCCAGGAACCCCACCCAGGAGCCCCGGAAGCCCGGCAGACACCCAGACAAGAAGGAGGACCGAGACCCCGAAGGUCAGGAAGGGCACGCUCAGGCUGCGGCCAAGGCCCGGAGGGAGCCGGGGGACGCGCCGCCGGUCAGAGAGGAGGGGCUGCGGGACGCGAGGAGGGAGGCCAGGAGCGCCUGCGGGAGCAGGCAGGGCGGCUGGCCGCGGAGGGAGCAGCCGGUGGACCCGGGGGCGCCCCCCGGGCGCCGCGGGGGCGAGCCGGACGCGCACCGGUAUCAGCAGACCUGUGCGGCCGCGUCGGGGCCCAGGAAGCCGGCCGCCCGCGGGGACCGGGAGCCCAGGGGCGGCCGGAAGCGGCGGCCCGCGGGCCUCCUGGCGGCAGACGUGCACAAGUUCUACGAGGCGGGCCGCGUGCUCGGGGACGGCAACUUCGCCGUGGUCAAGGAGUGCCGGCACCGCGAGACGCGGCAGGCCUACGCCAUGAAGAUCAUCGACAAGUCCAAGCUCAAGGGCAAGGAGGACAUGGUGGACAGCGAGAUCCUGAUCAUCCAGAGCCUCUCCCACCCCAACAUCGUGAAGCUGCACGAGGUGUACGAGACCGACGCGGAGAUCUACCUGAUCAUGGAGUACGUGCAGGGCGGGGACCUCUUCGACGCCAUCAUCGAGAGCGUGAAGUUCGCCGAGCGCGACGCCGCGCUCAUGCUCAUGGACUUGUGCAGGGCGCUUGUGCACCUGCACGACAAGAGCAUCGUCCACCGGGACCUCAAGCCCGAAAACCUGCUGGUUCAGCGAAAUGAGGACAAAUCUACCACCUUGAAACUGGCUGAUUUUGGCCUUGCAAAGCAUGUAGUGAGACCUAUAUUCACCGUGUGUGGGACUCCGACGUAUGUAGCUCCUGAAAUUCUCUCCGAGAAAGGUUACGGGCUGGAAGUGGACAUGUGGGCCGCGGGCGUGAUCCUCUACAUCCUCCUGUGUGGCUUCCCCCCCUUCCGCAGCCCGGAGCGGGACCAGGACGAGCUCUUCAACAUCAUCCAGCUUGGCCGCUUCGAGUUCCUGGCCCCUUACUGGGACAAUAUUUCUGACGCUGCCAAAGAUCUGGUGAGCCGGUUGCUGGUGGUGGACCCCAAAAAGCGCUACACCGCCCACCAGGUCCUUCAGCACCCCUGGAUUGAAACGGCGGGAAAGACUAGCUCGGCGAACCUACCAAAGGAGGUGCCCCCCAGCAGUGAGGGGCACGUCCGGAGCCAGCACAGGCGGUCUGCGGAGAAAGCCUUAUAGCCCCCGCCUCGGAUACCGGUCAGCCUCCUUCUCCCCCAAGGACAGAGAAGGAGCUAGAAGUCCAGGAGACAGACAGAAUCAGGAGGGGGGGAGAAAUGCUUCGUACGUUUUAAAGCGUAUUUUACAAAAACAAACUUGAGUCUUAAUGUUACAUGUUGUACCAUAUUUUUAGAUUUGUAUAUUUGGAGACUUUAAUACAUUUUGGGGGCGGGGGGCGGGGAGGCUGUCGGUGAGGACUUCUUGGUAAUAAUGCUGUGUUUUGCCUCCUCCUCGUAACCCAGUCCAUGGUAUACUACCUGAGUGGUGCUUACCAGGAUCUGAACUCCCCCUGCGAGGUUAACAAGGCAAAUCGUGCUCUUUCUCUGUUAAUAAAACGUGCUCUGACUGACAGAA